AUGUGCAACAGGAGAUGCCCAAAGAAUGUAAUAAACUGUACUCAUGUAUCAGCAGUCAAGGCCGGCGAAGACGAGUUCGAGGUGUUUAAGAAAAAUACAGAUGGCGUCGACUUCCGUACCGUCCACUGGAUCCGAGCCAGCGUCAUCUUCCUCAAGGUUAUCUUCGCCACUGGUGUCCUUUCGAUCCCGACGGCGAUGUAUCAGCUGGGCGCCGUCGGUGGUGCUCUGUCGGUCAUCGGAUGGGGCGCGCUCAACACCUACACCGCGAUCCUGCAAGGCAACUUCCGCAACCGUCACCCUAAUUGCCACUCCAUUGCCGACAUGGCAGCCGUUAUUGGUGGCCCUAUACUCCGUGAGAUCGUUGGUGUACUCUUCGUCCUCGCCUACGUCCUCUGCGCCGGCUCUGGCAUCCUCGGCGUCUCGAUCGGCCUCAACGCCCUCUCGAACCACGCCGCUUGCACAGUCUGGUGGUCGUUCCUUGCCACUGUGGUUGUCAUCGCUGCCGCUUCCGUCCGCAAGUUCCAACAGAUCGGAUGGUUGACAUGGGCUGGAUUCCUUUCCAUAUUCAUCGCUGUGUUCGUCGUGGUCAUCGGAGUUACGGUACGCUCACGUCCAGCAGCCGCCCCGGCGACUGGACCAUACGAUUUGGGUUUCCAUGCGAUUGCGUACCCAAAUUUUGUCAACGGUAUGGUCGGGAGCGCGACAAUUUUCGUGAGCUCCGCAGGCACGUCGGCCUUCUUGCCAGUUAUCUCUGAAAUGCGCACCCCGGCGCAUUAUUCCAGAGCUGUGUACCUCUGCAUGGCUAUCGUUCAAUCCUCCUACCUGGCCUUCGCCCUGGUCGUCUACCGCUGGUGCGGCAAAUACGUCGCAAACCCUUCGCUCGCUAGCGCUGGAGGAACCAUCAAGAAGGUCGCAUUUGGCAUCGGCCUCAUCGGUCUCAUCGUCAGUGGGUGCUUGUACUUGCAUGUCGCAGCCAAGUAUGUCUUUGUCCGGAUUUUGCGCAACACCCGUCACCUGCAGCAUAACACCGCUAUCCACUGGGGGGUAUGGUUGGGAUGCACCAUCGGCCUGGGAUCCGUUGCAUUCAUCCUUGCGGAGGCGAUCCCGAUCUUCAAUUAUAUCGUUGCUCUGACCGGCAGCGUUUGCUUCGCCCCCAUCGCGAUUGCACUUCCGGGUGCCCUAUGGCUGUACGACUUUAGAGGCUCCGUCAAGAGCAAGAGUCCCAUUGAACAGACAAAGUACUGGUUCCAUGUGUUCUUGAUCUUGCUUGGAGCAUUCUUCUGUGUAGCUGGCACCUACGGCACGGCGGAGCUGAUCAAGGAUGCUUAUGCCUCAGGCGCCAUCGGCAGCGCGUUUUCGUGCGCGGACAACUCGAACUCGUCGUAA